AUUUUGUAUUAUCCGCACCUCCAUACGUGCCUAUUGAAUCUGAACCCUGUUUGUUGAGUGACGCCUACUGUGGAUACUUCCAAUAUGAUGGUUGGACUGCUGCUUUAUGUGUCUGGAGUGCUUUACAACUUCCUUGGUUGAUAACUUUAUUAUGUUUUCAAACUUACCAAAUUUCUUCGGCAAAAACUACAAAUGAAAUAAUGAAUCUUCAUCGUUAUUCAUAUUUUACUUCCAAAUCUCCUAAUGCAACAAGUAAUGAUAGUGGUAAUGUGAAUGAAAUUAUUAAAAGGGUAGAUACCUCUCAUCAACAAGAAUGUGGUGGAAAAUGUAAAAGUGGUCACAAACAUAAUCAUUUUUCAAAAAUUUGUAAGGUAUUUGAAGGUCAUGAUGAUAUUUUAAACCCAUUUGAUUUUGGUUGUUGGAAUAAUUGUAUAAAUUUUUGGUCGGAAGGGAAAAGUGGAAUGUUACAAAAUGUGGAUUGGUAUGAAAUUUUUGAUACAUCUUUUAUUGAAUCGCGUGAUGAUAUGAAAUCAAAUGGUUAUACUGUUUUAAAAAGAGAUGAGGAAAUC